AGCUGAGCGCGAGGCAGGGGUUUUUGUCUCGCAGAGGGAAGCGCUCUGAGCUUCAGAGGGCUCGCGCACACCGGAGGAGCAGCAGCACGCAGCAGCAGCAGCCCCGCAACAAGAUCGUGAUUAAGCCCGCAGAGGAGCCGCAGCCUGACUCGCACACUCUCUGUAACAGGCUGAUUAGAACACACAACACUUUAUCAUUUUUUAUACUCAUUACAACUUUAUCAUGGAGGACCAGCUGCUCUGCUGCGAGGUGGACUCCAUCCGGAGAGCCUACCAGGACGUGAACCUGCUCACGGACCGGGUCCUGCACACUCUGCUGCGCGCAGAGGAGAACUACCUGCCCUCUCCGAACUACUUCAAGUGCGUGCAGAAGGAAAUAGUUCCAAAAAUGAGGAAGAUUGUCGCCACCUGGAUGUUAGAGGUGUGCGAGGAGCAGAAGUGUGAGGAGGAGGUGUUUCCGCUGGCUAUGAACUAUUUGGACAGAUUUUUAUCAGUGGAGGCCACCAGGAAAACCAGGCUGCAGCUUCUGGGAGCCACGUGCAUGUUUCUAGCAUCCAAGAUGAAGGAGACGGUUCCUUUGACGGCGGAGAAACUCUGCAUCUACACCGACAACUCGGUGCAACCCGGAGAGCUGCUGCAAAUGGAGCUGCUGGUUCUCAACAAGCUGAAGUGGGAUCUGGCUUCAGUCACGCCUCAUGACUUCAUCGAGCACUUUCUGUCCAAGCUGGAGAUCUACCCGUCCACCAAGCAGAUCCUCCGCAAACAUGCGCAGACCUUCGUGGCUCUGUGUGCGACAGACGUCAACUUCAUUGCAAGUCCUCCAUCCAUGGUGGCGGCAGGUAGUGUGGUGGCAGCGGUGCAGGGUCUCUACCUGAAGAGUCAGGACGCCUCCCUGUCCUCCCAGAACCUCACCAACUUUCUGUCGCAGGUCAUCCGCAGUGACCCGGACUGCCUGCGGGCCUGUCAAGAGCAGAUCGAGUCCCUGCUGGAGUCCAGCCUGAGGCAGGCUCAGCAGCACGCCGGCAGCACAGAGAGCAAACGUGUGGACGAGGACGUGGACCUGUCCUGCACGCCCACAGACGUCAGAGACAUCAACAUCUGAACGAGGGACGGCUGUGUCGCCCCGUGACCUGAUAAUCGAGGGAAAGAUGUCCACAGAGGGGGGGUUAGUGGAGGGGGUGCCUCAUAUGAACUUAGCCUCCUCCUCCUCCUGCUACCAUGGUCGAUGUGUCACUCACAUGGCUGACAAGAUGGGACUUAGUGCCCCCUGCCUCUCGCUCGCCCCGCAACUACACCCCAAGUUAUUAAUCCUGCCCCUUGCCCCACCCCCCAUCAUAGCGGGAAAAUAAAGUACGAGAGAGAGGAGCCAAUGAGCUGAGUGGGCUGGAGCCACACAGCAGGUCUCCCUUAGAUAUUAAAGUAGGAAUCUUUAAAUUCAUAGACUCCACUCGCCUACACACGUACACCCAUACACACAGAGCGUGUGCAGUAGGUCUCUGUAGUCUGUCCACGUCUGACUUAUCACAGAGAAGAGCUUCUACUCUCAUGUCUCUUCUGUUGUGUUUCCACUCCCUGUCCAAGCUCCCAUGUUUGACACUCAUGUUUCCCUGCUUGCUUCUGUUUAGUCACUUUAUUACCUCUCAUAUUCGACCUUCUGUUCUGUUAGUCUUAAACCUCUCUUGUUCUUCAAAGCGAGUGUUUGACACUGUGCAAGAGCUGCCCUGGACAACAACGCCAGCUUGUUUCAUGACAUCAGAUGAGCAGAGCGGUUCACAGGCACUCAAAAGGCUGGGCGACACAUUCAUAUUCAUCCAUACUUUUCAUCGUACGUGAUUCGGAAGGUUUUAUUACAGAGACACAACUUUAGAAUAUCGUUGAUUGUAGUGAGCUCAAGAUGUGGAUCACACGUUUGAACCCUGAUAAGGUGAAAUCAGUGUGAGUCACCUCUGUGAGCGGAGACGUUCAGUCUUUAUUCUGUAUGGAGAUUGAGUUGUCGCCCAGCCCUGCGCUUUAAUCAUCUCUCUCUUUUUGUAGUUUAGCCAUUCCUACUUGUUUUCUAAAAAAAAAAAAAGCACUUUUGGUCAGCAUUGCUG